GGCGCGGUCCUAGAGCCCGCCGCGUUAGGAUGGCCGGCGCGGGGCCGCAGCGGCCGCGUCCGGGAGUCGGAAUCGGAGUGGUGGUGACCAGCAGCCGGCACCCUCGGUGCGUGCUCCUCGGCAAGCGGAAAGGAUCAUUCGGCGCUGGCAUGUUCCAGCUUCCCGGCGGUCAUUUGGAGUUCGGAGAAAGCUGGGAAGAAUGUGCUCAAAGGGAAACCUGGGAAGAAGCAGCUCUUCACCUGAAAAAUGUUCGCUUUGCUUCUGUUGUGAAUUCUUUUGCUGAGAAAGAGAAUUACCAUUAUGUUACCAUAUUAAUGAAAGGAGAAGUAGACAUGGUUCAUGAUUCAGAACCAAAGAAUGUGGAACCUGAAAAAAAUGAAAGCUGGGAAUGGGUUCCAUGGGAAGAAUUUCCUCCAUUGGACCAGCUUUUCUGGGCACUCCGUUGUUUAAAGGAACAAGGCUAUGAUCCAUUUAAAGAAGAUAUGGAUCACCUGAAAGGAUACAAGGGCAAUCACUGAUAAGUGAACAAGAAAAAACAUCCCUGAAUUCUUUUUUUUAAAAGAAGAUCUUAGAGAAAGGAAAAAUACUUACGUUUCAGAAGUCUAUUUAUCCUAAGAAGUUUCAGAUGAUUAACAGUUUAUUUGCAGUUUUCCUAAUAUAACCAUCAUUCUUUCUGUGAAUAUUUAUGGAAACUUUCUGGGAUUCUCUAAGAAUCUGCAUUUC